AGACAACACACAACAAACUAAAACCUUAUUCAAUAACAGUGUGACAUUGAACAAAAUGAACCAAAAACUUCAGAAAUCGAGACCACAACGGUCUGUCAAAAUGGCACGCGCGUGGUUUAUUAAAUUUUAGUGUACCUAUGUAAAAUACAAGUUUAAAAGUUUGGAAUAGAUCACAAAAUUGGCCGUAGUAAUGAAAUGAGCAGGAGUUGAAUCCGUAAUGGAUCAUUACCUGACAACCUACAGGAAGGACUAUUUAUGGCCCAACCUGCCUGGUACCACUGAACAGCUACAGGCUAGUGGUGCAGGAGGUGGAGCCGGAGGUGGGGGCGGGGGCGGUGGUGGUGGCGGCAUUGGGGGACCUGGCUUGGCAGAUAUUUCAAAACUCUCCGGGCAGGAGUUAGCAUUCUACCAGGCAUGUCUACAACACUCCCGGCCGCCGGACUGCCGAUGCCCCCAGUAUUCUGGGGGGGAGAUGCCUGUUCUACCACCUGGGAAGGAAGGAGGAUGGAGUCGGAAUGAGAUUAUGGGACCAAUGUUGGAUCCGAAACUAUAUCCAGUCCGUGUUGGAGCGGCUCCAGAAACACCUACAUCGCGAUACGAUCAACCAAAUGCAUUCUUGGAUAAGUUGCAAUCGAAGUACCCGAUGCUGUACAGCAUCCUGCAGAACGAAGCCUCCCCAGAGCUGAAGCAGAGAAUAGACCGGGACCGCAACAAGACCACUUACCAGGUCGACUUCUGCGAGUCAGGUCCCGGAGCCAAGUUCGAAGGUCUCCAACGAGCAGCAGACGAGAGCGGCACCGGUCCGUGUGCGCAACCGAUGCGUUUGCCCGGGGAUCCAUGCCGCGUCGGGCCCAAGCCACCCAAGGCUGCGCCCAAGACCAUCUCCAAGCAGGCAGGCGGCGGCGCCACCAGCGAUCCCAGAGCAAAAUGCGAAACGACAUCUGCCACUCCACCGCUUGGACGCACGGAGUACCAGGACGGCGUGUCCAAGCUCGGCGCCAUCAUACAACACACCACACUAUGACCACACUAGACCACCAUGCAACACACCACACUAUGGACAACUGGGACAAUCAUGGAAUAAACUAUUUGGAUCAGAUACUGAUGGUGUUAUUUAUAAAUAAUUCUUACUUUACAAAGUCUUAUGACAUC